UCUCAAUCCUCCUAUGACAUCCAUCUCAGGCUAUAAGGAUUGUACAUACAGAACAUGCCCUAUAAAACCGCGGUACCUGAAUGCCCCCCACAAACGGCCUAGCGCCAUCCCAAGCCAACCUUAUCGCAAGAACCACACCUUAGUUAUCAACAGAACAAAACAGUUGAAACCACCAACACCAACAUCAACAAUACCCCCAACCCCCUAAUGAACUAACGACUGAACAAUUAAAACCCAAUCUAACCAACAAUGCCCCCAAACACACCACCCUCCCAACCCACACGCAUCCUCACCACCGCCGCCACCACCACCCCAACCCAACCCCCGAAAUGGUACUCCGCACUAACCCUCGACCUCAUCUGCAGCGUGCUACGGCGCACAAUCCUGCACCCCUGGCCGGCCUGGAUUCUGGUGCUCUGUCUACGCGCCCAGGUGACACCGACCACUGAUCUGGCGUUUAUCCUCGCGACCGCGUAUGCGGUUUUGUUGACGGUGGUUGCGAUGGCGGGGGUGGUGAAUGCGCGGGUUGCGUAUGGGUUGCCGAGGACGGUGGAGUUGAGUGAGGAAGUGGUGGUUAUUACUGGAGGCGCGAGUGGGUUGGGGUUGUUGAUUGCUGAGAUUUAUGCCAUGAGGGGGGUUGGUGUGGCUGUUUUGGAUUUGAAGGAUGCGACGGAGGUGGAGAUUUGUGAGGGGGUGGAGUAUUAUACCUGUGAUGUUGGGAGGAGGGAGAUGUUGGAGGGUGUGCUUAAGAGGAUUGAGGAGGAGUUAGGUACCCCGACAGUUCUUAUUAACUGUGCUGCGGCGCGCAUCAACGGUCAAUCGCUUUUGUCGCUCUCCGCCGAGGCAUUCCAGAAAACCAUCCAGACCAACUUGUUCGCGGUGUUCCAUACCUGCCAGACGUUCCUGCCUCGCAUGCUGGCUGCUCCGAAUGGCGGUACGAUCGUGAAUGUCAGUUCGGUCUUGGGCCAAUUAUGUCCGGCAGGUCUGGCGGAUUACUCGACCAGCAAGGCCGGCCUGAGUGCGCUCCAUCGGACGUUAGAGGCGGAGCUUCGUGUGUCGGGGGAUGAUGAGAAGGUGAAAAUGAUCUUGGUUGAGCCAGGACAGGUGGCGACACCACUAUUUUCAUCGGUCAAGACACCAAACAAGUUCAUCGCCCCCGUUCUGGAACCAGUCCAAGUUGCUCGGGAAAUCAUUUCUGCGAUAGAUGAAGGAAGAGGGGGUGUCAUCCGACUGCCCGCGUACGCCACGAUGGUGAACUGGUAUGCGGUGUUGCCUGCAGGUCUGCAGCGUAUUGCCCGAUUCUUGAGUGGAGUCGACCAUGCGGUAGCGCAAACGUCAAGCCAGACAUCGCAUGAUGAACCGAAGGCAGCGAAAACGGAAUGAGAUGUAACGUGCAACCGGGUUGAAUGCAGACGUCCAUGGAAAUGCAAAGUCUGCAGGAUGUAUAUAAGU